AAAGAAAUCACUGGAUAAAAUAUAAACAAUAGAAAUUUCUUUUUACAGUAAACCCGUUGACUAAAAAAAUAAAAUAAAAUAUAAUAAUAAUUUUGAAAAAUAAUAAUAGAAAGGAAAAUACCAGGUCCGGCUCGCCAAAAAGAAGUCAGUCGUUAAAUAACACCCGGAGACGUGUGUUUAUUUGUCAGACGCAAAAAAGUAAUCAAACAGCGAUGUCGGCUGCUGCAGAUUUUCUGUCUAUUCCAGCCAAACUUCCCAAGUUAUGGCAACCCAAACUUCAUGAAUGGAAUCCGUACCACUGCAGUGCGCCAGAUGUUGCACAGGCUGGGUGGCGAAAAUGGAGUGCCGAACAUCCAGAUUGGUACGCAAGGCGUGAUACGUCACAGCACCCUGACUGGUACAACCGGCGCAGAGAUACGAUAAGACGAGCGGAUUACAAGAAUGUAAACUGGCACUACGAACGUCCGUCGAAACCCACCAGCCGCACCCAUGACGACUUCGUGCCCUACGCCAACGACGUCAUGCACCAGGACGUCAUCAAGCCCAUGCCACACAACAAGGCAUACGGCGGCAGCUUCAGCUUUCCCAAACCAUAUCCAUUCGACAUCCCAGCCCCUAAAUGGGGUUUGUUUAACCCUCCCCACUACCAGGAACCAAUAAGAUUGGACAGCUUCCCGCCUAUUAGAUACAACGGAUAUUAAAUAGGCGAUUGUUUGAACAUCAAUUAAAAGACAUUUCUACACAUCUAAUAUGUUAAGAUAUGGAAUGUAAAUUUUAAGGAACUAUGUAACAUUACUUUAAUGUCUAUGUUUAUGUGAAUAAAAUUUCGGUAUUA